AAUGUAAGUUAAGUCUGUAUCCUUUUGCGCUUAUUUCAAUCACCUGGGUGAAUGACGGAUUGCAGGACAAGGUCUUCAAGCAUCAAAAGAAGCUUGGUCUCAAAUUUGAUGGGUCAAUCAGCACAAACGGGUAUUCCGUUACCAUCCACUUCAAGAAGCCAGGGCUCAAGUAUGGGCAUCAGGCCCGGAAGCGCAGCAAAGCCGAAAUGCGGGAAGAAGUCAAGCAGCUGUAUUUUGAGCACCACAUCGCCGAACUAAGGGAGGCUCCAAACAUCGUCAGCAUUGAUCCGGGCAAGCGUGACCUCUUGUUCUGUCGAGACAUCAAGAAGGAGCGGCCAUUUCGAUACACGUCCAAUCAACGGGCGGUAGAGACAAAGUCUCGGUACUUUCGAAGAGACAUGACGGAGCGAAAGAUCAAUGCCGGCGUCGCUGAGAUGGAAUCACAUAUUCUGUCGCACACGAGCAUGAACAUCGAGGCGUUCUCAGCGUUCAUCGUGGAUCACGUACAUGCGGAUCCCGCCCUGGACGAGUUUUACCAGGAUGAGAUUCACGUAGCUUGCAGAUUCAAGGCGUUCUCACUGCGGCAAAAGUCUGAGAGCAAGCUCAUCAAGAACAUGCGACGCCUGUAUGGAAAGCAUUUUGCGGUCAUCUUGGGUGAUUGGAGUGACGCUGGAAAGACCAUGCGCUUUCAGGAGCCGUCAAAGACCAAAGGAUUUCGCACACUCUUUGCAAGAAACAGCAUUCCAUGCUACUUGCUAGAUGAGUAUCGAACGUCCUCCGUGUGCCCAGACUGCCACGGCCGUGUGAAGAAAAACAACCGAUGCCGGCUGUCAUCUCGGCCAUGGCAAGCUAGAAAGGGAAGAAUGGAAUUCGUCCAUGGAUUGCUGGGUUGCCCCAACGCCGAAUGUAUCAACCAAGACUGGACGCCAUUUGAAAUUCCUGGAAGACGACCACUACGACUACGGAUGAAAGUGCACAAUCGGGACGUCCUAAGCACCAAGAAUUUCCUCUCGAUUGUGCGCUCGGUGGUGUUUGGCAAUGGCCGCAGACCAGACGCAUUCUCCCGUAACCGGUAGUCUAGAUUUCACCCCAUCCCAUUUUCCGUGGUGGUUAUCUGCCAUCCACAUCAUUGUACCUCUGCCUGAGGCGUCGCCGAU